AUGUCAGAUCAAUUCGCUACCAGCGAUCUUGGCAGCAAAGAAGGCUUAGCCGGGGACAAGCUCAGAGAAAAAGCCUCGCUGGCGGCAUCAAGAGCAACCGCAGCAGACAACCAGACUGUCCCCUCUGACUAUAUAGAGACAGAAUUCCAACACUAUAAUUCCCUUCUCAUCCAGUUGCUAAACAUUAUCUCGCAUGGCGAAGACGAGGAUAUGUCCCGCAUGAUUUCCGUUAUCCGCUCGGGCGCAUCCCAUCGCCAGAUCUUCGACUUUAUCAAACAACCCCGACAACCAAACGAGAUGAAAUAG